AUGCAGCUCCUGAACUGGUGGCCGUGGCCAAAGUCUGCGCUCUUUAUCGUACUCUUGGUGGUGUAUCUCGGCAUUGUACAGGCCCUGAGGUGGAGACGUUACCAUGAAGUCCACAAGAAAUAUGGACCAAGAAUCUCGUCGCUCACACCGGCGGAAGCGCAGCAGAUCAUUCAUUUAUCGUCCCAAUGGGAUAUGCCUGCGCUUGUGACGAUCGCACUCUCAUUUGCGCUGUUCAAAACUUAUGCUAUCCCUACCAUCUCCGGCCUCCUCUCCAAAACACGGCAGCUGGGCGCCAGAGAGAACGUCUCUAGGCGUUACGCAGACACCGAGAUCCUCAUAACCACCUGGGUGACAUGUCCGAUAUCGGGCAAGUUUGAUUUCGAUCCGCGGGCUGCGUCAGGCUCCAAGCGUGGCGAAGAGGAAGAGUUUGAUCCUCGGUGUGCCAUCGCGAUAGCCAGGACCAACUGGCUACAUGGCAAAUAUGACAUAAAAUGGAUGAAGCGGUACGGAUGGCGGGAGCUCUCCGAGCUGGAGAAGCAAGCAUACUUUGUGUUUUGGAUCGAAGUCGGCAGGCGGAUGAACAUAACCGACAUCCCACAAACGCUCGGAGAUCUAGAACGGUGGAGUGCGAAUUACGAGGAAGGCUACAUGAUACCCGCUCAGACAAAUCAUCACGUUGCUCAGUUGACGGUAGACGAAUUCCUCUGGUUUGCGCCCGAGAAGUUUGGUAUCAAAGAUUUCCUCCAACGCAUCGUGAUUUGCAUGCUCGAAGACCGCGUGCGUAUAGCUAUGAUCAGUCCAUGCAUCUUUAGGUAUAAGGAGCAACCCUGGUCUCUCCACGCCAUCGCAAGGGGUCUUACAGGAGGCUUUGCUUUUUUCCAGCGCUAUUGCCUGCUACCACGUCGAUCUCCUUCACUGUUUGUUAAGGACGACACUCCUAAGCAUUCGCCUGACUCUGCUCCACGGAUGCAUCCGACGAGGUACGCGCGAAGACCGUGGUAUAAGCCUAAGCCAACGAGCUUGGGUACAUUUAUCGAACGAUUCACUGUCGCAGUCGGUCUAGUGGAUGCCGAGAAUGUAGCAUCGCCGAGAAAUAAGUGCGAAGGUUUCCGACUUGAAGAAAUCGGCCCCGAAAGCUUUGAGAAGUCGGGCCAUGAGGAGACUAUGCGGAUAGCUGGAGAAUUACAGGGGUGUCCCGUGAGAGGGCCUUGGUCUCUUAAUCCGCACAAGCUGCAUCGUCAAUAG